UGGUGACUGGACAGAGGGAGGGAGUAUAAAAGGUCAGCUUUGGGGGGGAGUCAGGCCAAGAAGAAUUUUGCUGUAAUCAGACGGGAUAUAUUACUACUUUGCAGAUCUAGAUUUCUCCAUCUCCUCAGGUCAUGGCUGACUUUGAUGCAGUUCUGAAGUGUUGGGGUCCAGUGGAGGCGGACUACACCACCAUUGGAGGCCUGGUUCUGACCCGUUUAUUCAAAGAGCACCCUGAGACCCAGAAGCUGUUCCCCAAAUUCGCUGGCAUCGCCCAGGCUGACAUAGCCGGUAACGCAGCUGUUUCUGCUCAUGGUGCCACUGUGCUGAAGAAACUUGGAGAGCUGCUGAAGGCCAAAGGCAGUCACGCUGCCAUCCUAAAACCACUGGCAAACAGCCAUGCCACUAAGCACAAGAUUCCCAUUAAUAACUUCAAGCUGAUUUCUGAGGUCCUUGUGAAGGUCAUGCAUGAGAAGGCAGGACUCGAUGCCGGUGGGCAGACAGCCCUGAGGAACGUGAUGGGUAUCAUCAUCGCCGACCUUGAGGCCAACUACAAAGAGCUGGGCUUCUCUGGCUGAGGUCACACAUGUCAUACCGCCGGGUCGGACAGCAGACAGGAAUGUUUUCCACCAGCAAGUGCACAUUUUAAAAGUUAGUUUGUAUAGGGUUUUUUUUUCUGUUAUUGUGUCCACUCCUGUAACUGCUCAGUAAUAAACAUAAUUCAUGUUUCAGUGUAAUGAAGAAUUCUUGGCUAACAGGAUGUAAACUUCAACAAACUGUACCCUGUUGUCACCUAUUACCAAUAAAACUCUUGUUGCUUUA